AUGUGUGAUCGCAGUCUCUACAGAUCUGGCUACGUUGGUUCUCUCUUGAAUUUGCAAUCUCCAGAUUCCUUUUAUUUUCCCAAUUUGCGGGCUAAUGGCAGUCAAUUGGCAGCUCUGCCCACCAUUUCCUACCCCCGAAGCUCGAUCCCGUGGACUUGCUCAAGUUCGUGCGCCGCGCAGCCCCAGAGCCACGCGUUCAGCGGUUCCUCGCAGCCUUACCUCCCAGGCUCUGUUCCAAUCAACAUCAAUUCCAACAGCAACAAAGAGUGCCUGGAAGAAAACAAUAAAUAUUACGCCCAUGAUGCGAGCUCCAAACAAGAGGAGAGAUGCAGGCAGAGGCAAUCUUUCGCAAAUGACCCAACUAUUACUCACGCAGCCAACUUAAAGCCCGUAAAGUAUGACCACUCGAGCCUGCAGAGAAGUUUGCAUGGCUCGGCUACUCUUUUUGAAGUGAAUUCCUGUGCUUCCAGCUUAAAGGAGGACAUCAAGAAUUCAGUCAACUUGAACCUGACAGUUCAGCCUGCAGCAGUCCAGUCAUGCCUCAGACCUUCAGUGCAGGAUGGUUUGCCUUGGUGUCCUACCCAGGGGAGAUCGAGAAAGAAACGGAAACCUUACACAAAACAACAAAUUGCUGAAUUGGAAAACGAGUUUCUCCUCAAUGAGUUUAUUAACCGACAGAAGAGGAAAGAACUAUCAAACAGACUGAAUUUGAGCGAUCAGCAAGUUAAAAUUUGGUUUCAGAACCGACGAAUGAAAAAGAAAAGAGUAGUAAUGCGUGAGCAGGCGCUUUCUAUGUACUAG